AGAAAUAAAGAAAAUAUUAAAAAUAUAAAUUUUUCGUCCAAAUAAGAAAUUGCUACAUAUAUCGAGAAAUCAAUUUGAUUGCAACCCGGAAAUCAUGGUAUACAUAAUUCAAAAUAAAGAGGACCUGGACAAGAAGAUCGAAGAAGCACGCAGCUCCGGUCAAUUGGUGGUCAUUGACUUUUUUGCAAACUGGUGCGGACCUUGUAAGAUUAUCAGCCCGAAGCUGGAAGAAUUAGCCACUCAAUAUGCUGAUAAAGCAGUUGUAGUGAAAGUAAACGUGGACGAUUGUGAAGAAAUUGCUCUCGAAUACAAUGUUAACAGCAUGCCGACUUUCGUGUUCAUCAAGGAUAAUCACAUUAUUGAUGUGUUUGUUGGCGGCAACUCUGAGAAACUUGUUAAGAACAUGGAAAAGUAUGUAGGCGAGCCAAUACCUAUUGAAAAUAUGCCUGAGAUUGCUGAAGCCGAACAGAUAUUGGAGGAGGAGCAACCAGUUCUUGACUAAAUAACUGAUUCUAUACAAUGAAAAUACUGAAUAUACUUACAAAAAUGAGUGUUUAACGUAAUAAAUUGAAUUAACUUACAUAUUGUA